UUGAAUUCUACCUAAAUUUAUGAAAUCUCGAUAGAUAUGGAAAAUAAUGAUAGACCUGAUAAAAUAAACUGUGAAGAUGAUUUAAAUAAAUCAAGUUAUGAUAAUACAGGCGAAUGUCAAGAAUUCCAUGUUUCCAACACUGACCUAACGAUUAUGUACAUACAAUAUACUUCAGAAUUAAUGAUGCCUGAUAUUAUUAAACUAAUAACCAAAGAUUUAUCAGAACCUUAUUCCAUAUACACCUAUAGAUAUUUUAUUCACAAUUGGCCACAUUUAUGCUUUAUAGCUACUGAUAUCAACUCUAAAUGUAUUGGAGCAAUUGUUUGCAAAAUGGAAGUCAGAAAAUAUUUUGAUCAGAAUAUAAUGUCACUGAUUCAGUCAAAUAGGGGUUACAUAGCCAUGCUAGCAGUAGAUAAAGAAUAUAGAAGGCAUAAAAUAGGCUCAAAAUUGGUAUUGAAGGCCAUUCAAGCUAUGAUCGAAAAAAAAUGCGACGAAUGCUGGAAACCGAAACAACUAAUUCCGCCGCCUUAUCGUUGUACGCAAAUCUAGGAUUCAUCCGAGACAAACGUCUCUAUCGAUACUACUUAAAUGGGGUAGACGCUUUCCGUUUGAAAUUAUGGCUCAAAUAGAUAAAUUUAACGAGUUAUAUUUGCAAAUUAAAAUUUAAAAAAUAAUUAUUUGUUUGGAACUUUGUUUUGAAUUUUUUUUAAUACGUAUCAAAAGACUCGCCCAAUCGCAAAUUAUUAUUUUUUUCUUAAAUUUUAUAGUUAUUUUA